GACGCAGAGGGAACUGCAGUUCUGCUGAGUUCUGGUUCUGGAUGUUUCCGCGCCUGGACCAGAAGUCUUCGGCAGGCACCAGGAAGUGAGUGUUGCUAUGGAGACAGUAAGGCUGCUUCCUGAUCAGCUCAGAUCUGACUGAGCUCUAAGGGUUAAUUAGGGCUGGGAGGAAGAGGAGGAGGAAGAGGAGGAGGAGGAAGAGGAAGAGUCGCGCAGCGGCUCCGUCAGUCGGUUGGAACCAGCUGAGGAAGAGGAGGAAGCCGCUUCUUCAGCUGCGGUCAUGUGACUUCAGAGAGGAUGUCCAGUCUUGAGUGAGCUUCCAGUGGACGGCAGGUGUAGGAGAGGCAAAGGAUCAUGGGAGAUGGAGGGCCCCUGCAGACGGAGGGGAACGCUCUCCUCAAAGCUGUGUUCCAGGGAAAGCUGCGCCUCGCCCGGCUGCUGCUGGAGGGCGGAGCCUACAUCAACGAAGGCAACGAACGGGGAGAGACACCCAUCUCCGCCGCCUGCCUGGGGAGCUAUGACGACCCACAGACCCGCCAGAGGAUGGUCCGCUACCUACUGGAGAAAGGCGCUGACCCCAACAUCCCAGACAAGAGCGGCCGCACGGCGCUGAUGCAUGCCUGCGCCGAGCGAGCAGGGCGAGAGGUGGUGACCCUACUGCUGGAGAACGGGGCAGAUCCCAGCCUCAGAGACUACGCCGGUGCCUCUGCUCUGGUCCACGCCAUCAACAGGGGAGACCGCGACACGCUGCAGGUGCUGCUGGACGCCUGCAAGGCCAGGGGCAAGGAGGUGAUCAUUAUCACUACUGACACAUCUCCAUCAGGCACCAAGAAGACCAAGCAGUACCUGAACUCGCCACCCUCUCCCGGCAUCGUGGACAAACUGUCCCCUGCUUGCAUGUCUCCUUCAGAAGUGGAGAUCGCCACUGCGUCACCUGCAGGGUACAGGAGCAAUGGCGAGGAGGGCAUCUUCAGCUUCGCGCUCACCUCAGCCUUACCUCUGCCUUCGGCUCGGCCUCCAGGUGAGAAGCGGCCCCCGCCUCGGAAGCUCUUGAAGAGGCUGAACUCGGAGCCCUGGGGCCUGGUGGCACCCUCGGUGGUGAGCGGAGUUCCUCCUGACCGGCUGGACCCGGGUCUAGAGGAAGAGGCCAGCAGCGAUCUGAGCAGAGCCACCGCCGGGAUGAACGGUCUAUCCAUCUCGGAGCCGGUCCGGACUCGGUUGUCACGCCGACACAGCAUCGAGACGCACGACCCCUGUUCUCCCAAACCCAUCGACCGGUCCUGCUCCGAAGACUGCACCGGCCUUUCUGCCACGUCCUGGGCUGACAAGGUGCAGCAGCACCAGAUCCUGUACCGGAGAAACACGGCCCCUGAGCCCCAGGAGAAUGCCGGGGGGCCUGGGGGGCCUGGGGCUAUCCGGCUCCUGGUGCACCCUAAACUGAGCCGCAUGGAGCACUACGAAUCUGACACUCAUCUUUGUCCAGAGUCCAUCCCUGGCUCACCGGACUCUGGGCGGGUGUCAGUGGAACGGCGACGGUAUAACGCCUCCCCGUUAUCCCUGGUGACCAGCUCAUCCAGGGAGUCUCUGGAGAACAUCCCCAACUCGGUGUCGCCCAUCACCAUGCGCCGUCGGCCCCCGGGUCUGCUGGAGCGCCGCGGGUCCGGUACGCUGCUGCUGGACCACAUCUCCCACACCAGGCCCGGCUUCCUGCCUCCUCUCAACAUCAACCCCCACAGACCCAUUCCCGACAUUCGAGCCAAUGGAAAACCCACCUCCCCCAUUCACAGCGGACACAAGGUCCUGGUUCCCAUGGCCCCGAUAUCUCCCAAGCGGGGCCCCGAAUUCAAGAUGAAGAAGAAGCUGAUGAGGAGGCACUCCAUGCAGACAGAGCAGAUGAAGCAGCUCUCCACCUUCCAGGAGAUCCUGGCUGAGAAGGUGGUUGAGUCCAAUGGGGACUGAUGAUAGCAGGCAACAAAGCAUGAUGGGUACCUGCUGAGUCCGAGCUAACACCAGGUCCUGUUGACUGAGGUGAGCUUUGUUUGACACCACCUGACUGGAUCAGUUCUGUUCACUGAGGUUUGGGUCGAAGGGAUGGUUCUGAUCCAAUGGGAUGUUCCCUGCAGCUGUCAGAGUGGUACUUUUGGGGAAUCAGAACUUUUCCCCAUCUAAAACUUCAACUUGGAGGUACGUUUGAUUCAGAGAUGGUCCCGUAAGACGACAUUUUGGUGCUGGACACUUGACAACCAGGCGGGUCACAGGGAAGAGGAGGACUAGAACCUUUCAGACCAAACCCUCCAAGAUCCGGCCAGUGGUCAACUCUGGGUUCUGGUGGUAUCAUCGUCUCCAAGAGUUAAGGGUGGUCCUCGAAAGACACACCAUCCAAGGUAUGGAGAAAUGAAUGAACCUCCUCACAUCACUGUGUUCUGGAUCAGAACCGGUCCUGUAAUGUAACUGGGUCGAUUUCUCUGACGUGGAUGAUCUUCAGGACCUCUCCAGCUAGGAUCAGAGGCCGCAUGAGUGCAGGGAAGGUGCUGAGCUGUUCAGAACCAGAACUCUGGUGCAGGUUUCCUGCAGAGCUCAGCAAGAACCUGAGGAAAGGCUGAUGCAGGUGAGGUGAACCUUAACCCCUGAGGACCAGAGGCACUUCUGGGCCAGAACCAAACUCUACAAGAACUUUUUUAACAACCUCAAACCAUGACAGAGUAACUAAACCCCAAAAUCGACUUGAUUUUGCUGGUAAACUAUAACCGGUUCUUCAGGGUUCUGUCUUUAUUUUUUUGUGCGUUUUCAUGCAAAUUUGUUUAAUUCUGCGUUUUUUUGUUUUUGUCUAAAACCCUCAUUAGGUUGAAGCUGCUGCAGUGGGUUUGUCCUGUUGGUUCCCCUCCCUCGUCCCCAGACUUGGCUCCGCCCACAUUGGUGUUAUUUUCAUGAAUUUGUCAGAGGGUGCAACUGUCUGUUAGACUUUAAAUCAGCCUGAAGGUGGCGCUUUUGUCCUGUUGCGCUUCACAAACUGAUUUCAACGGUUUGCUGAUGUUCAAAGAUUGGCCCCUGCUGGUCACAGCAGCGUCACCUACAGGUUCACAGAUCUCAAGUCAGUUUUCGUCUGCAGCUUGGGUUAGGGUUAGGCUGAAACUAAAUCUGACACUUAUUUCAAUGAUUGAACUGAAAAAUGUACCUGUUAUUUUACAGACUUCUUCCAGAUUGAAUAAGUCUGGAGUGUUUCAGUUCAUGUAGAUCAGGGGUCAAACUCCAGCCCUGGGGGGUCGCUGGCUGCCCUGCAACCUUUAGCUGAGCCUCUGCUGCACCUGAAUAGAAAAAUGAGGUCAUGAAGGUCAGAUCCAAACAAGAGGAGAUGAAGCCGUUUUUCCAGUGUUUUGUAUCUGAGGCUCAUCUAAAACAUGGAGGACUGGAGUUCGACUCCUGUGACGUCGACGUUCUGGUUUCGCUGAAACCUGAGAAAAUCAGAUCAGACCAAUAAAUAAAGUACUUUGAUCCAAAGCUUUUCUGUAAUGGAUGGAAAACUGAGUGGAAGGGAAAAGUGUGAGGACCAAAUGGAACGAGGUUUUAGAGAUGUUUUCUGAUUGGCUGUCCCAGCAGGACUUGGUACCAGUUCUGAUUCUCCUGCAGCUCAUGUUGCUGAAGGAACACAACAAGACGCGCCGCGGUUCUGAUGGACAGAGACCCGGUUCUUUCGGAUCAACAGUUAGAAAAUAAAACUUUCAUCCAAGGAAACGCUGAUUUCUGGGUCGGGUCAGAAACCAACAGAAUAAUUUCAGAACAUCACGUCCAACGACCCAAAC